AUGAAGAGAGUUGCGUCCCAUGAUUUUGGUUUAAAAACCAUUCCUCUUAGCUUUUCCUCUCUUAAUAUUCUUCGAAGCUCUAAGGCUCUGUCAUCUCCAAUAACUACUAUAGGUGACCUUGCCACUAACGGCCUUCUGUUGAUAAUUGGUUGCGCACUAACACGCGUUUUCCGUUUUGAACUAGAUGGCUUCCAUUCGUCCUCUAACGGACUUAUUAUUGAUUUAGUUUUCUCAUAUUCUAAUUUUUGGAUACUAACCACCUUGUUCCUAUUUAUUUCCCCUUUUUCUAUCUCAACUUUCUUUUCUGGAAUUUGUUCAACUUCCAAAGGUCCCUUAUUAUGGAUGUGUGCGCCUAGUGCUUCAUUAAAUCUAUCCUUAUCUUUCUUUUCGAUUUUUAUAAACGAAUUUUUUCUGGUGGGUACAUUCGGAACCAACGUAUUCGUCUCAACAUGUAUCCCUCCCCCCUUAAAAAUUUUUUGAGCGACCUUCUCGGAUCUAAGUCCGUAAUCCUUCACUAGAUUACCACUGACCCCUAACGGUCUAUUAUAAUAGUCCGUUUCAACGGACUGAAAAGCCGCAACUAUUUCCUUUUGUGUAGUUGUGGCACUAACGCCUUCAUUUUCCUUUUGUAUUUCUUUCGCUUCUCCGAAUUUGCGCUCGCACAAUGCUGAAUGAUGAUGCGCUCUUCCGCAAUAUAGGCAUCUUCUUUUUGGGACGUGACAGUUGCUGGCGAAAUGUCCUUUUUUGAGGCACUUGAAGCAAAGUCCUUUUUCACUUGCUCUUUCUCUUCUUUCUUCUGCAGUUCUAAGACUGAUGCAUUCUACCGGUGUAUGCCGUCCACCGCAGAACUGGCAAGGCCAUUUUGUCGGACUUCCAGAGCUGCUUGAUUCUCUUUGUGGACAUUUCUUUGUAAUUCUUUGACUUCUUGUCGGGUUAAAAUACCCGGUAUUACUUGAUUCUUGUUUGAAUUGUAUUAAGUUGGAUCUACUUUCUUCUCGACCUCUAGGUCUUUCAACUCUAUCGGGUGAAAAGCUGCUUGUAGUCUUUUUGGUCAUACAAUUCACUGC